AUGGAGCCAUCGGGACUGGGUGCCAACGACCACGCCCAAAACUCAGUUUGCAAUGGUGAGCACCCGUGGGAGGUAACAGCCGUCACCAGGCUCUGCCGCUUCCUCUGCUACGGUUCUGAAAUGGCCAUGUAUGACACCAAGGAGCACCGCCUGGGCAUGGAGAGUGCCCUGGCGCUGCGCUCCCUGCUUCAGGAGGGCAGGGGCUGCGAGGUGGUGGAGGAGGUCAAGAGGCUGGCCAACCCUUCCCUGUUUAUCCUGGAUGUGUGCUCCCAGCACUCUGAACUGAAGACCAGGCAGAGGGUGUUCCAAGCCUUGAGGGAUGUGUGCCGGGAUUCCGAGCACCUCUUCACCUUCGUUCAGUACAAGAAGGAGGUGAAGGAGGGUAUGCAGUGCGGGAUAUGGGGACGGGCCCUGAGGAAAGCGGUGUCUAAUUGGUACAAUGAACAGGACGCCAUGAGCCUGGCUCUGGCAGUGACUAAAUAUAGAACAAGAGGGGGCUGGUCGCACCAGGAUCUGCUCAGACUCUCCCACACUAAGCCUGCUAACGAAGGUGAGCUGCCAGAGAUAUACAAUGUACACACUGUAAACACUAUUAUGGAUCAACAAGGGACAGUAAAUGGUGUAAGAUUUAACUGUUAAACUUUAGAAUUCAGUUUUAUUAGGAUCCCCAUUAGCCGACGCCAAUGGCGACAGCUAGUCUUACAGGGGUCCAACACAUAACGAACUGCGGAGAAUAUUAUUUGUAUUGAUUUAAAAAAGGAACUCCAAGAUAACAAUGAUUGGUGUAUCAGGACUUGACCCACACAUUUCAGAAGUAUAACACAACAGGCACACUUAAAGCUAGGCAUGAAACAUUCACAGGUGAAGAGCAUUUACAUGUGGAAGAGUACAUGGAUAUCCUCAAAUGGAUGAAAUCAGUAAGAAAAUGUGAUCUUAGUAGCUAGGUUUCCAUCCAACUGGCGACAGAUUUACAUGUGAAUAUUCUACAAUCUGCAUUAAAACAAUAUAUGAGCAUUUUCCCACCAGAGAUGUUUCCAUCAAAAUUGACUUGUUGCAGAUCAAAGGCUGUGCGUGAUGACCUAGUGUACAUAAACAUACCUUUUGAGGUUAAAUUCCCAUGUACCAAAUAUAAAAUACAAGUUAAAUGGGUUUCCAUCGCAUUUUCAACUCUACUGAUGGUUCUCUCACAAAAUUGUUUAGCUUUAUACAGUAGCCAACAGUGCGCAGAUACAGUACUGUAUCUGCUCGCUGUUGGUUAGAGCGCAUGUAUAGUCUACAUGAUGAGGUUAUUAUGGACAAAAGAGCAUAAUAAACGGCAUGCUUUCCCGACUUGUAGUGGGAGGACCACACAUCAUCGCGUGACUCGACGUUUACUUCGAUAUGAUGGUUAUUAUAUCAAUAUUUGCGCAUUAAAGCAUUUCCACUGACCUUUCUCACAUGAUAUAUUUUACAGACACAAAAAGAUCCCACCUUUCCUAGCUUAUUUUGUUUUGUCGACAUUUGGAAAGUUUACCGAAAAUCACGUUGAUCAGUAAAUACGCUAUGAAAGGAUGGAAAGAGGUCCAGGUGGCAUACGGCGACAAGGAAAACUCUGAGGUGGUCAAAGUCCUCUCUUACCUGGAAGCGGGUGAGAAGGUCAAACACAGUGCUGACGAAAUAGAGGUCACCCAUCUGAUAGAGGAGCACAGGCUAGAGCGGGAACAACUACUGACAGACCACCUGAAGUCCAAAGAGGUGAGCAGUGUGCACCAACCAACUUAUAUAUUUAACCAACUCUUAAAAGGGGUAAUUCGCUCCAAAUCAAAGUUGGUCAAAUGUUGAGAGGUUCUCGUCCCCCUCUAGGUUUUUUUUAGAUCCAGCUGUAUCGCUCAAUCCCAUAUGAAUGGGAAAGACAAGCACCAUAUCAUUUCAGCAUCAUAGAACUAUCACUUUUUCAUAUUAGGGUUUGAAGAUAUCUUCAUUACUUUUGUGGAUAAGAUUGGGGGUUGUUUUUUGGUCUUCUGAUUGUAUGAUGCCUUUUCUCCUCUGUAGGUAUGGAAAGCUUUGUUAAAAGAGAUUAAAUCAGUGCUAAGAACCCUGGGUAAGAUGACAGCAGACCAAGUCCUCAAACCAGGAAGCUCAGACGUGGCAGCGGUUUGCAAGAGGAUCCAAAGUGAGGCGGCUUUAAAGAAGGUGAGGCGUACCUACCUGCUGUCUCUCACUCUCGAAGAACUGGGAUUCAUUCACUUGCUGCUUUCUCAGGGAUCUAUCUAACAGUUGUAUUGUCAUUGUAGGCUAAACUCAACCCCUUCAGCAUCUUGACGGCAUCGGAAAACUACAAUGGGGCCAAGGCUGGACUGUGCUUUCUACCAAUGUUUCAUGGUAGGUCGAGCUUCUCAUCCGCUAAUACUCACAGAGCAUGCCUCCCAUUGUUCUGAGUAGUGUUCACAAAUGCAAAAUGUUCACUCGUGUCUGUUUCCUCAGAACGUGGAGCCGGCGGGAAAGCACUUUGCGGUGGUGGUGGACAUUAGCACGUCUCUGAGCAGCAUUGUUCAGGGGACCUCAGUCAGCACAGCUGUCACGGCUGCAGCGUUGGCCAUGGUAAGUCAACACUACAAUCCUGCACUCAAUAUGCACCAUAGAGAUGGAUAGAGGCUGCACUUGACACAGAAGCGAUAAUGGCAAAGAUGGGGGGGGGGGGGGGGGCUCUCUUUUUAACUAUGUGCUGCACUCAUAAGCACGGGUUAAUGACUAGUUGUCACAGCUGUGUUUCUAAGCUGCAUCUAUAAACGUGGGAAGGCUAGACGGUCUCUGGAGGAAGCUAGGGUCAAGGAAAUGGUCUUUUUGAGAGAUUCCAUGGGUUCCUGCCACAUCUCCCCCCCCACAUGCCACCAUCUCAAGAGGGCACAGGCAUUCAAGGCAUGCUCUGUUAUGAGAACAUGUCAUUUAAAAUUGUUAUGAUAAUUCCAGGCAUUUUAGAGAGAGACUAUUUUAACAUUAUGUACCAAGUUGGUUGUGUCUGUUACAGGUUAUUGUGCGGACAGAGGCAGAGACGCAGGUUCUGGCCUACUCGGAGGGAGCUAUAGUUCCUUGCACUAUCUCUGGCGACAUGUCUCUUCGUGAAGUAACAGCUGAGCUGGUCAAGGUACGGACAUUAAGUGUCACACUGCAAAAUGUGCAUCUCGAAACACACAUUGUUUUAAUGACAAAAACUUGCUUGCUGAAUGCUUGCUUGCCAAAAUCACUAGUCACACUGUCUGAAACCAGGGUAAUGUCCAUAAGGGAACCAAACUGAAGAAAAUGGACUGAAACGGGGAGGAACUUAUUGGACUUGGUCCAAUAAGAAAAGCUAAUUUCUGUGUUCUGUUUUCAAACGUUUUGCUGCCAAGCCCUACUGAACAUGGACUGUGGGUCAUGGCUGACCGCUGUGUCAUCGAUCUGUUCACAGCUCCCCAGUGGCUACACAGACUAUGCUCUCCCCAUCCUGUGGGCUUCGGAGAAGGGAAUCGCUGUGGACAUGUUCAUCAUAUUCACCAACAGCGCCUGCUGGCACGGCAAGGCCAACCCGGCGGAGUGUCUGAGGAUGUACAGACAUGUAAGUUGA